ACUUCAAGUUAAUGUCUAAAUGAACAGACAAUAGUGUUUCUAACCAAUUCUAUGAAUUAUUAACUGAGAAAUAUGAGAUUUAAUAAUGAUUAACUUAACUCAUUUGAAACUGUGAAGUCUUUGUUAAUGUAUGAUGUUUUUAAAAAUUUUCACCAUCUUGUUAAUGAUGACAAUGAUAAAAGUUAGAUAAUUGAAGUAAAUAAGAAAAUGUUUACAUAUUCAACUUGAAUAAAAUAUGGUUCAAACAAUGUAACGGUUCAUCAACACAAAACAAAUAGUUUAUAUUACCUAUUAUAAAAAGCAUUAUUCAUAUGAUGAAUAAUACACUUACAAUGAAUUCGGAAAUGGAUAAUAAAACUACCUGUCAACAAUAUUUUAAUUUAAAUGAAACAACAUAUAUACCUGAUAUAUAUGAAUUUAAACAACAACCUAUAUUAGUUUUAACGGAUCAACGACAAUUACAAACUAUAACAUCAUUGUCAAAUUCUACCCUUCAAAUAACUCAAUCAUCACAGAUUUCUGUAGAAGAUCAAGAACAUCAAAUCUCUUCACGUGUAUCUGACCUAGAAUCAGUAAAUUUAGAUAAUAAUUUCCAUAGAAAUUAUAAUAAAAUCAAUAAUAUUACAAAAUUAUCAUUAAUACCUAUACUUCCAAAUAAUUCAGUAAAUAAUACAAAAAACUUAUGGUUACUUCAACAGUCUUCUGAUAAUUCAGUAAUAAAUUCUAAUAUAAAACGUCAUUUUAAACGUCGUGCAGCAAAUCAUCAUUAUAACCAACGUCCUAUUUGUUAUUCACAAAAUAUAAAAUCUAAUAUUAAGAAUAAAUUUGGAUAUAAUUCAUUUAGUGCUCCAUCUUCACUUAUAUCUAGUGCGAUAGCUACUACAUAUUCAGAAUUAAAAAAUGAAAAGACUAAAGAGAAUGAACAAAUGAAUUAUGAACAAUUACAGUUAUUAUUACCUACAUUAUCAACAGUAAAUUUGACGAAUGAUAAUGUUGAUCAUGAUGAUCAUGAAAAUUGUUUAAAUCGUAAAUUUCUAAAUGAUUUUGAUAUUAAUUCAAAUGAAAAUAGUAUUGUGGUAACUGAACCAGUACAAAUGACUGGUCGAUCAUUUUCAAAUCAAUCGAUUACAAAUGAUUAUAAAGUUAAUUUGUUAACAUCUAGUGAAUGUCUUUCUUCUUCUUUAGAAAAUCAAAAAUUAGAUGAUUUACAACAUAAUACUAUUCUUUAUAAUAGUAGUUAUAUUAAUUUAGAUAAUGGUAAUUUUCCAAUUCGUUCACAUUCAUUUUUUCACUUACGCCAAUUAGAUUCCCUUAGUUCAAAUGGAUCUCAUUCUAAACGUGAUACAGAUAUAUUAUAUCCUAUGAAUGGUUCAUUCAAUCAAUUAGCUAUUCGUGUUUCCUCAUCACCUAUGUCAAUUUGUAGUAAUAAUACCUUUUAUCAACAGAAUAAUUGUUCAGAAGAUCAAUAUAAUAAAACCACUUUUAAUGGUAACAAUUAUGGCGGUAGUAGUAACAAAAGCAGACGGAGUAAAUGCGAGAAAUAUAUCAGUCCGGACAAACACACUUGCAUUAGAUCAUAUUCAGCUAUGAGACAUCCAAACGAAUGUAAUAUACGUGUAUUUCGUUCACCUCUCGAUGUCCUUUCACCGUGUAAAGGAAAACUUCGAUUGGAUAUAGAAUAUGAAAAUCAUUCAAUUAAAUUACACGUAAUUGAAGCCAAAGGACUUCGUACUACUACCAGUCAGAACUGCAACUCUUUCGUGAAAAUAAGUGCAUCUCCAGACAAAGGAGUUACAUUUGAACAAACUACUGAAAUAGUCGAAAAUUCAGCAACACCAUGUUAUAAUAAAGAAUUUUUGUUAAAUUUAAACAAAAUAAAAUAUUGUAAAAGAAUUCAUCUUGCAAUCUAUGCUCAAUCAACUAAAGAGUUAGACUGUGAAUUUCUUGGUGGAAUGUCUUUUGGAAUUCCUAGUAUACAAAACAAGAAACACAUCUCAGGUUGGUAUUAUUUAUUAGACGAAAAAAUGUUUAAAAAGAAGCACCUCAAAACUGCUUUAGAUCCUAUCACCAACUUCGAAAAUGUUUUAUGUGCAACAAAUGAAUUAAUCGUAUCAGAUAUAAUGAAAACCGAAGCUGUCACUGAUGCUGUGACAACAAACACAUCAACAACAAAUCAACAAAUUCCUAUUAUUCUAACAUCGAUUAAUGAACAUGUCACACGUCCAAGUACAAAUGAAAUUCAUCCUAAUAUAAAUCGUAAUUUCGCUAGUAAUUAUCACAAUAUAAAUAAUCAUUGUUCCAGGGAAUUUUGUUCAGUAUUGUCACCUACUAACUUUAUGAUUUAUUCACAAAAUCUGCCUAAUACAUUGUUACCAUAUCAAAUUAGUAACCCACCAGUUAAUUCACAUUUUCCACAAUUUUCAUCACCAGUUCCUAUACGAGCAAAUAUGUCAAUUCCAAAUACGAAUAAAGCUUUAAGUAAUAUGAGAAUAUUUCAAUUUCUUAUUCAAAAAGGUUCUAAGGGAUACGGAUUUACUUUAUGUGGUAAUUGUCCAGUUUACGUUAGCCAUGUGGAACCGGGUUCACCGGCAAUGCAGUGUGGAAUACAAGCUGGUGAUUUUAUAGUUGCAAUUGAUAACAUAAAUGUAUCACGAUCUACAAGUAAUAGUGUUGUUCGCAUGUUCAGAAUGUCUCAGCAUCCUGUUCACAUUACUAUUUCACGUCCUGUCCUGAUAAAACCUAGUGUGUCAACUACCAGUAAUGCACAUUCAACUAGUAGUAGAUCCCUUGGAAAUUUAAUUAAUAAAACAUGUUUUUCUGCACAUAGAAAGUUAUCAAAGGAAUCAACAAAAUUGAUUCAACCAACAAAUAUUUCAAAAGUGAGUCAUACAGAGUUUUUUUCAUCUUUACCAUAUCAUCAACAUCCUUAUGAGAUAUCUUCACUACCAUCAUCUUCAUUCAUAACAGUUCCAUUAACUUCAUCUUCAUUUAUUGACUAUUUGAAACUUUCCAGUUAUCUUAAUUCAUCGAAUUUACACCACAAUUCCAGUUCAACAAUUUGUUCAUCUAUAAACCACUGUAUAACACCGAAAUUCUCUAUUCCUCAAUCUAUUUCUUUACAUCAAACAAUGAAUGAACAAUUGGCUAGAAUACAUCAAGAUAAUUCUCAAAUAGCUGCUAUUCUAUCCCCUAAUCAAAAUAUUCCUCAUCAUAAUCAGGAACAACAACAACAAAUAAAUGAUGCAGACGAUAUCGCUUUAGUUAGAAUACCAUGUAACGAAAAUUAUACAAAAUCUAAUAAAACCAACUAAUGCUACAAUAUAUGAUGGAAAGCAAUCGUAAGCGGGAUGUUCACUCUCAAGGUUCAGAUGCUCACAAAUGGCUUGUUCGAAUACAAUGACAUAUGAUUUACCGUGGCAACUGAUGGAGGGGCGUUAGUAGUAGCAGUUCGGAACUCUAACGCUCAUCUAUUUUUCAUUAUUCUAAUCUAUUUACUUAAAAUAAUUAAGUAGUUCAUGUCUUUUUUUGAAAAAAGACGGAAAUUCGGUACGAAUGAAUGUCAAUUCUAGAGUGAAAAACAAGUGUUGUCAUUGUGAAUGCAAUUUCCUGUAAACGACUUGUAAAUUGUGUAAAUGUCGAUAUUACUUCUGUGCAUUAUUUCACUGUUUCUAACUUUGUUUGUUUUGCUUAUUUUAUCUUACUUUCUGUUUUAUGAAACCAUGUUCAUCAAUAUGGCAGUAGCAUCAGAAGCGGCUUCCCAAUGCACAUUCAAUAAAAUAAUGAUUACAAUUACUAGCCUGUUAAAAUUCCUAUUUUCUGGUCAUUUCGGCACUAGAUGUGCUGGAGAAUAGUUAAUAUUUCGGUUUUACAUUCGUACAGUUUACCACCAAUGAAAAGAGAUGUUAAGUCAAUCUUCCUAAUAUACUUGGGAUACAAAUGAAAAUUAAUCUUUGUUUUUUUCUAAGCACUUAGUCUCAGUGACUAAAUAUGAAUUACAUCUUUCUUGAAGGCUAUAGGGGUCCUGUAUCUGAUUCCAGUUAAAUUGUUGGAUGAUUGUUUUUGAAAUAUACAUGCUGUCGAC